CCUCCUCACAGAUACCACACCAGAAACCAAACAUGUUUUGGCUGACGCACAUCUCCUCGCCUUCCUCCUCCUCAUUCACUCGGAUGGAUUUGGAAACCUUGCUGAAGCGCGACCGAUUCGCCAUUUUCGUCUUCGCUUUGCUGUCGAUGUUGAUGGGGAAGAGACCAGCCUCGGCCGAUCCACCCCCGACGAUGAAGGUCUGUGAGCCCAAGGCCUGCGGGAACGGCCUCAACAUUAGCUUCCCGUUCUGGCUCGAUGGGGAGCAACCAACCUACUGCGGCUAUCCUCCCUUCAAGGUCACCUGCAAGAACGGGAGCUAUAGUCCCGUUCUUGAAUUAGUGGAUCAUCAGUUCUACCUCUUAAACAUCUACUAUGAUAACCAGUCGUUCCGCCUCACAGCUACAGAAACCUUUGAUGAUCCCUGCACCUUUCCUUACAGUAAUAUCACCAAUGAUUCCAGUAUCUACCCUCUCAGCAUCAACUCUGCAAACAAGUAUAUUUUCUUCCUCGUCAAUUGCACCAGCAAUCAGCUGGAUUACCAAAGAAAAUCUUGUGGUCAAAAUUGGGCCUACUACGGCGGCCAGUACAACUCCACUAGGGUAGACUUGAAAGGCACGGGCUGUGCGCUUGUUAUCGUGCCGGUAAUAGCAGAUCUUGCGUCGGACAAUGGUAACUAUGCUCAACUUUUGAGGAGCGGAUUAUUGUUGAACUGGAUUUGGCCGGAUUGCACUGAAUGCAAGCGGAGUGGUGGCAGAUGCGGCUUCAAUGAGACGAUGGGGAGGUUCAUGUGCAUCUGCCGUGAUCAAAUCCACCCGGUUAUCUGUGGUAAUCCAUCGAAUGGUGCUCGUCGUAAGCAUAUUAUAAUAGGGAUUUCUGCAGCAAUCGGAAGCCUUCUUCUACUUUUAUCUUUGUUUGUGUUCUACAAGAACAAGAAGAAGCAACAGUUCCCCCCAUCCUCCAAAUCCCUCUUCCGGAAUGCCUCUUCCAAGCCAUACUUGAAGGACCCCGAGAUGAGCGGUACCCAUUUCCAGACUCACCUCUUCUCAUACGCGGAACUACAGGAGGCUACCGACCGCUUCGAUGCCUCCAAAGAACUCGGUGAUGGAGGCUUUUGCACCGUCUAUAAAGGUAAGCUUCAAGAUGGGCGUACUGUUGCAGUCAAGCGGUUGUACGAGAACAAUUACAGGCGGUUCGAGCAGUUCAUGAAUGAGAUAGAGAUCCUAUCACGCCUCCGUCAUCAGAAUCUCGUUGACCUCUACGGCUGCACCUCUCGCCACAGUCAGGAGCUCUUGCUGGUGUAUGAGUUUGUGUCGAAUGGCACUCUGGCGGAUCACCUCCAUGGAUACCGGGCUAGUGAAGGGAUCCUCACAUGGCCGGUGCGUCUCAGGAUCGCCAUGGAGACAGCCGAUGCUCUUGCCUACCUCCACGCGGUCAACCCACCGGUCAUACACCGAGAUGUCAAAACCAGCAACAUCUUGCUUGAUUGCAGCUUCCAUGUCAAGGUCGCAGAUUUCGGGCUCUCACGUCCCUUCUCUACCGACGUCGCGCAUAUCUCCACCGCUCCCCAGGGCACGCCGGGGUACUUGGACCCCCAGUACCACCGGUGCUACCAGCUCACCGACAAGAGCGACGUUUACAGCUUUGGGGUUGUGUUGGUGGAGCUCAUAUCCUCGAAACACGCCGUUGACAUCACUCGGGACCCGAGCGAGAUCAACUUGUCAAGCAUGGCAAUGACCAGGAUCCAGAAUGGCGAGCUCGAGAAACUGGUGGACGCCGGCCUGGGGUGUCAAUCGGAUGAGGCCACGAGGAAGAUGAUCACCAUGGUGGCAGAAGUGGCGUUCGGGUGUUUGCAAGCAGACGGGGUCAUGAGGCCAACCAUGAAGGAGGUCCUCGAGGUGCUGAGAGCAAUAGAGAUCGAGGGGUACGAGGUGGGGAAGAAGGCACAACAGGGUGGUGAGAACGGAGAUACUGCAGAGCUGCCGAAGAAUACCGCACCAUUGUCGCCUGAUUCUGUCAUGGAAAAUUGGUACAGCAGCUCUACCACAUCACACACCAAGUAAAUAAGAGGGAGAUCAUGUUGUUCUUUCUUCAAUUCGCCAAAUGGAAAUCAGAAUGCAGAUUGCCAACAUAUAUAGCCAUUAUGUUUUGGUGUAAAGGUUUCAGUAAUGAGCUUGAUUGAGGAAGUGUACAGAGCAGAUAGAGUUCCCCUGUCUUACAUACUUGCAUCCAACUCUUCGAGCAUGCUGUUUACAUUCAGCCUCUUUCCUGUAUGGAUUCCUAUUUCCUUCAAUUAUCAUACCUUUAAUUUA